AUGGAGUCCUCCUGGCUCGAGAUGCGCUGGGCGCGGCCCUUGUACUUGGCCUUCGUGUUCUGCCUGGCCCUGGGGCUGCUGCAGGCCAUCAAGCUCUACUUGCGGAGGCUGCGGCUGCUGCGAGACCUGUGCCCUUUCCCCGCGCCCCCCACCCACUGGUUCUACGGGCACCAGAAGUUACUUCAGGAUGGUAAAAUGGAGAAAUUUGAGGAGCUUGUUGAAAAAUACCCUUGCGCCUUUCCUUGCUGGGUUGGGCCUUUUCAGGCAUUUUUCUAUAUCUAUGACCCAGACUACGCAAAGAUAUUUCUGGACAGAACAGAUGCCAAGUCCAAGUACCUGUACAAGUUCUUGAUUCCAUGUCUUGGAAAAGGACUGGUGAGUCUAGACAGACCCAAGUGGUUCCAGCACCGUGAACUACUAACUCCUGCGUUCAAUGUUAACAUCUUGAAAUCAUAUGUUGAGGUGAUGGCCCAUUCUGUGAACACAAUGCUGCGUAAGUAGGAGAAGAUUUGCAGCUCUCAGGACACAGUGGUGGAGGUCUACGAGCACAUCAACCUGAUGACCCUGGGCAUACUUCUGAAAUGUGCUUUCAGCCAGGAGACCAACUGCCAGAUAAGCAGCACCCAUGAUCUUUAUGUUAAAACAACGUUUGAAGCCAGAAAAAUCAUCUUUUAUCACUUACACAGCUUCUUACAUCACCAUGACAUCAUUUUCAAAUUCAGCCCUCAGGGCCAACGCUUACAAGAGAUGAUCAAAAUUCUACAACAGUACACAGAAAAGGUAAGCCAGGAUAGAAAGAAAUUCCUCAAAGAUGAGAAGAAGCAUGGUAACACUCAGAAGCAGAAGUACCAGGAUUUUCUGGAUAUUAUCCUUUCUGCCCAGGCUGAAAAUGGCAACAGCUUCUCAGAUACUGACCUAAGGUCUGAGGUGAACACAUUCAUGUUGGCAGGGCAUGACACCAUGGCAGGGAGCAUUUCCUGGCUCCUCUACUACCUGGCUCUGAACCCUGAGCAUCAGGAGAGAUGCCGGGAGGAGAUCAGGGGCAUCCUGGGGGACAGGUCUUCUAUCACCUGGGACCAGCUGGGUGAGAUGUCAUACACCACAAUGUGCAUCAAGGAGUCACUCCGACUGGUGCCUCCAGUCCCAUCUAUUUCCAGAGAGCUCAGCAAGCCCAUUACCUUCCCAGAUGGAUGCUCUUUGCCUGCAGGAAUUGCUGUGGUUCUCAGUAUUUGGGGCCUUCACCGUAACCCUGCCAUCUGGGAAAAUCCAGAGGUGUUUGACCCCUUGAGGUUCUCCCAGGAGAAUUCUGAUCAGAGACACCCCUACUCCUUCUUACCAUUCUCAGCUGGACCAAGGAACUGUAUCGGGCAGCAUUUUGCCAUGAUUGAGCUAAAGGUGGCCAUUGCCUUGAUUCUACUCCGCUUCAAGGUGGCUCCAGACCCCACCAGACCUCUUGUCUUCUUGUACCAGAUUGUCCUCAAAGCCAAGAACGGGGUCCACUUGCACCUAAAGAAACUCUCUUAAUGUUAUAGCCCAUGGUACAGCAAUCCUUCCAUCCAUACUAUAUAUAUAUAUAUAUAUACAGUUUUAAAGUUAAAUUACAGCUACUGGGCCAAGAAAAUG